AUGAACAUGGACAUGGACACCGCAGCCGCAGCGGGCACAUGCACAAACCUGGGCACUUUCACGACCGGCGGUAACUCCAUUGCCUCGUCGACCUCUUUAAUGAGUGUGUAUUCGGUGGAUAUUCUCUACACGGCAGCAACUGCGGCCUCAACGAAUCUCGGCCGCCCCCAAGAGCUGCGCGACCGAUUCACAAAGAUGCGCGUGCUCGAUCUAGCAGUGCAAAACAACACGGACUUGCUAGACAAGAAGGCGCACCUCUUCUUCAAGCAGUGCAAGCGCGACGAGCUGCAGAACGAGUCCAUGGACACGGAGUUCCAAAGCCUGCGCGGUGAGUACUUGAAGUGCCAGCCAGCGACACCAGGAGCUGGAAAGCGACGCGAGACCAUCUGCACACUGCCUGCUCAGGAAGAGCGCACCAAUCUCAACCACUCACUCCCCGUUGUUGCAACCGCAACCUCCCCGUCACAACCGCGCAAGCCCAGGCGGCUAAUCAUGUCGGCAGCAGAGCCACCACAGUCUCACCCUGCCGGUGGCCGUGGGCGUGAGUGUUGUCGUAACUGUGCCACAGCCACAUACAACCUGCAGCAGCGUGGCGGAGGAGUCUGCGCUUCCAGUGCAAUUGCCACAGCAGCCAGCCAAGCGUUAUUGGCCACCCAACAGAUGCAGCAAGAACGCAGAACCUCCACUCUGAGGGCCAGCUAUGAAGCCAUCCAUGAAACGACUGGUACAACGGCCGAAUUCUGGUUACGGGCGGGCCAGAGUUAA